AUGAUGAAGAAAGAAAACGGAGACGACGAUCGUGUGCACGUCUUGGAGAUCAACCUCGUCUCCGCCCAGGGUCUCAAGGCUCCCUCCGUCACCCUCCGCCGCAUGCAGACCUACGCUCUCGCCUGGGUCGACUCCGCCCACAAGAUCCGCUCUCGGGUCGACAAGGUGGGCGGUGAGAAUCCAACAUGGAAUGAUCGGUGCCUCUUCAAGGUCCCGUCCGGAUUCCUCUCCAGCGAGACUUCCCAGGUCUCGGUCCAGAUCUAUGCCGUCGGAUGCUUCCGCGAUCACCUCGUCGGCACCGUCCGAUUUCUGAUCAACAACUUUCUCGAUGUCUCGUCCACCAUUCCAUCGUUUACGGCCAUCCAAAUCUGGUGA